AUGCCUCUGACGACCGGUACGUGCUCGCUGCUCACACGCAGUGGCAUCGACGUUGUGCGCAACAAGAUCAAGGUGUUUGCGCAGAAGAAGGUGUCGCUGCCGCCGAACCGGCACAAGAUCAUCAUUCUCGACGAGGCGGACAGCAUGACGCCGGGUGCGCAGCAGGCGCUGCGUCGCACGAUGGAGAUCUACGCGCCAACGACGCGCUUCUGCUUUGCGUGCAACCAGUCGAACAAGAUCAUUGAGCCGAUCCAGAGCCGCUGUGCGAUUCUUCGGUUCGGCCGCGUGUCGGACGAGGAGGUGCUGCGCCGCCUGCUCGAGAUCUGUGAGGCUGAGAAGGUGCAGUACUCGGACGAAGGCCUCGCGGCCGUCGUGUUCACCGCCGAGGGCGACAUGCGGCAGGCGAUCAACAACUUGCAGUCGACGUGGACGGGCCUGGGCUUUGUGAGCCCCGACCAUGUGUUCCAGGUGUGCGACCAGCCGCACCCCCUCGUCGUGCGCGAGAUCCUGGAGCACUGCCACGCGGGGCGCGUGGACGAGGCGCUCGACAAGCUCGACGAGGUAUGGGAGCUCGGCUACUCGUGCCUCGAUAUUGUCACGACGCUCUUCCGCGUCGUCAAGACGAUGGACUCGCUGCCCGAGUCGGUCCAGCUCGACUUUAUUCGCGUACGUCGCAUGCACUCACCGCAGGCCAUCGGCUGGACGCACAUGCGCACGCUCGAGGGUGUCGCGACGCACCUGCAGCUCAGUGGCCUCAUUGCGCGCCUCAGCCAAACGGCGAUGGAUCCCGCCCACUUGUCGCUAUAG